AUGGCUACAAUGGCGGUUCCGGUCCAGGUAGUGACAUAUAAGAAGAAAGAUGGCUCGUUGGCGAUGGCGACGGAUGGGAAGUCGAUUACUUGGACCCCCGAGGUGGCUGGUUCCGGGGCAUCACCAGUAACGAUUCAGGUUGCGGAUAUUACACACCUCCAACAAACCCCGGCAACAAGCCCAAAAGUUAUGCUUAAGAUCUUCGCGCAAACCUCCAACGAUGGCUCCAAUGGCGGCCCCAACAAUCCUCCCCCAGGAGCCACGGAACAAUAUAUCUUCUCCUUUAUGUCCGGACCUAACGCCCGUGCUGAAGCAGAUGCGAUCAAAGAUGCGCUUAGCGCUUCAAUACAAGCUGUGAAGACGGGACAGGUUCCUACGAAAGAGAGCGCUCCAGCCGCGAUGGCAAUUGCGAACGCGCUGGCAUCAGCGUCGGGGAAACCGCCGUGGGACGAUGAUAGCCGGUUAAUAGCGGACGCAGAGCUUCAGCAGUCACUCCUAAAGGCGAAUCCGGCGCUGCAGAAGGUGUUUAUGGAGACGCUUCGCACUAAGGCUGAGGCGGUCACUAGCGCGCAGUUCGUGUCGCAGUUUUGGUCAACAAGGGUGCAUCUGCUACGGGCUCAUGCGAUUGAGAAGACGCAGACGCGCGGGUCAUACAAUGUGCUCUCAACGCUGAAGCCGCGGGUGGAGGACAAUGUGACCAAGCUGAAUAUCAGCAAGGAGCAGAUCCAGUUGAUAUUUAGCCAGCAUCCGUUGGUGAAGAAGGCGUAUGAUGAGAACGUCCCCAAGCUGACCGAGCAGCAGUUUUGGUCACGGUUUUUUCAAACCAAGUUAUUCAAGAAGCUACGUGGAGAGCGGGUGACGGAUGCAGAUGCAAGUGAUCCCAUUUUAGAUAAGUAUCUCAAGGUCGAUGAGUAUGCGGGGCACUCGUGGACAGCGCAUGUGCCGCAUAUGAUCGAUCUUGAGGGGAAUGAGGUGGAUGUUAGUCAGAGGAUGGGGAAUAGGCCGAAUUUCGAUAUGAGGCCUGCUGCCAUGGAUAAUGUGCCAAUUAUUCGGACGUUGAACUCGCUAAGUGAGAAGAUCAUGGCGAAUGUCACGCCAAUCGAUGCUGACCCGUCUGCCCCGAUUGGAAUGAACGAAGAGACGUAUAACGAAUUACAGCUGCGUGAUUUGCGUGUGGAAGAGGAACUAAAACGGAUAACACUAAAUGUGCGCGACCAGAGCCGUUUCUUCGUUGGGACCAAUCCAAAGGAGGACGGAGAUACACAAGCCGUUGCCCAACAAGAUCCUCGCGAAAUUUUACGGAGGCUACAAGAUGACCUUGACACCGUCUUCCCACCCAAUAAGCGCGGAGGGGUCCAACUUGACCGUAUCGUCGAGCCCGAAGAAACCGACAGCGACGAGGAUGAUGAUAAUAAUGCCCGCAACCAACAAAAUACAAAGCCCCAAGUUGAGAAAGUUGGCUCCAAAUCUGCACUUGCCGCCGCCUCCUCUGAAAUCUUUGCUGCGAUCCGCGACCGCAAAUCCCAAUUCUCCCCCGCCUCCACCACCUCUCCCGAAACCUGCGGCCUCCCCUCCGCAAUCUUCGACCGCCUAACCCUCACGCACGCCACCACAACCGAAUUCCUCCAUCAAUUCUGGCAGGCCUUUUUAUCGGGAAAUCCGGAGCGGGCAGGUGAAAUCGUGUCGCUAGUUGAAUCGUUAAAUCGUGCCAUGGACCGUAUCAAAGCUGUGGCCGAUGAGGCGGAGAAGGAGCGCCAAACGGAGAUUGAGAGGUUGAAGCAGCAUGCUAGGGAAGUCAGGGCGUCGACGGGGAAGAAUAUCCGGCCAAACUUGAAGCGGGUGGAGGGAGGGGAGAAGAUGGUUAAUGCGCUUAUGGAGCCGACUCUGAAGGCGUUGGGGAAGGCGUUGGAAGAGUACGGGAAGGCGUUGGCGCAGCAGGUUCAGGGACAGGAUGGGAUGGGUGAUUUGCCCAUGAAAUAA